CCCAUCUCCAUAACAUAACCACGGACCAAGAUUCUGCUGCAAGGGAUAACUCUUUGUUCGCGAUGUCUUCCGUAGCCAAGGCUCAUAAGUCUUCGGCCUCGAAAAAGCGAAAACAUGAGACUGGCGAAUCAAAGGACUCUUCAAUGAAGAAGAGCAGAGUAUCGCCUGAAGAUGAUAGACCAAGAUCAAACCAGAACAAUGGUGAAAUCUCAGAGAGAUCUGCAGGAAAUGACCAGACCGUUGCUGAAAAGACGUUCCAUGACUUAGGACUCAUUAAGGAGUUGGCCGAAGCAUGUGACAAGAUGGGCUUCAAAAAGCCAACACCGAUCCAAGAACAAGCAAUUCCGGUGGCUUUAGAAGGUCGAGAUGUCAUCGGUCUCGCAGAGACCGGCUCAGGUAAAACGGCUGCAUUCGCGUUACCGAUAUUAGACGCGCUCAUGAAGAAGCCACAAGCGCUGUUCGGACUAGUCCUUGCUCCCACCAGAGAGCUUGCGUACCAGACCUCACAGCAAUUUGAGGCGCUGGGGUCGGUCAUUGGUGUUCGAUGUGCUACUAUUGUUGGCGGCAUGGAUAUGGUUGCUCAAGCGAUCGCGCUAUCCAAGAAACCACACAUUAUCGUGGCUACUCCCGGACGACUGCUUGAUCAUCUCGAAUCGACGAAGGGAUUCUCAUUACGUCAACUCAAGUACCUGGUUAUGGACGAAGCAGAUCGUCUUCUUGAUCUUGAUUUCGGUCCCGUGCUGGACAAGAUUCUUAAGGUUCUCCCGCGAGAAGGUCGGCAUACAUAUCUCUUCUCCGCUACCAUGUCCAGCAAGGUUGAGUCUCUCCAGCGAGCCUCGCUCCAAAAUCCUGUACGCAUCUCAAUAUCGUCUACGGCACGUCAAACGGUUGCGACACUUAUUCAGCGCGUCCUGAUUAUCCCCCACAAACACAAGGACCUCUAUCUUGUACACCUUCUCUCCGAUGUUUUCCCUGGCCUCACAACCAUCAUUUUCACACGUACGCAAAAUGAGACACAGCGACUAGCCUUCCUGCUCCGUGCUCUCGGGCUUGAAGCCGUUCCAAUACAUGGCGGCAUGUCACAAUCCACGCGCAUGGGAGCUCUCAGCAAGUUUCGCUCCAAAUCGCGCAAGAUACUUGUCGCCACAGACGUUGCUGCACGUGGGCUAGACAUACCUUCAGUUGACUUGAUCCUCAAUUUUGACAUCCCUGAUGACAGCGCCACGUACGUGCACCGCGUGGGUCGUACAGCACGGGCUGGCAAAUCUGGAAAGGCGGUCAACUUCGUGACCCAGUAUGAUGCCGAGGUGUUCCUACGGAUAGAGCAUGCGUUAGGAAGGAAACUCGACGAAUUAGAAGGUGUCGAAAAGGACGUUGCAAUGGUGCAUGCGGAGAGCGUGAAUGAAGCACAGACGAUAGCAAAGCAGCAGAUGAGGGAGAUUCAGGAUGCGAAGAAUGGAGCUAAGGGCGGAAAGGGAAAGCAUGGGCGUGUGAAGGGAAGUGGUAGAGACAAGAUGGACCAAGACCAGGGAUAAAUAUUGGAAUGCUCAUCAUAAAAUAUAUGGUUGUUCUCGUGACAACCAUUAUUAUUGAUCACAUAGAAGCGGGCAAUGCAGUUGCUUUGAAACACUCAAUUCAGACUUGACUGGAUCUAUAUCCAGGCACUUCCAAGACGAGGUGGCACAGAUAAUAGGUUUUCUUCUGUUGGGGAAUAUAUGUGACGAGUAUGUGAAUUCAGAAUGUUACGACACCCUAAUAUGUAAAUGCAUUCGUGAUCAUUUGUGUCAUG